AUGUAUUUUCACCUCCCGCUCAUCCUCCUCCUGCUCGCCAAUGCAAUCUCAUCUGAGGCGAAACCCUUCCUUCGAGGCUCGGACCACAUUAUCCGGGGCAUCGACUCAGCACAUCGCCACGCUGUUAAGCGCAGUUCCAGCUUUGCGCGGGAUCUGCGCCGUGCACUUUCUGGGGUGCUCGAAGAGAGGGCAGAUAGCGACUCAGAAAAAUCAUAUCAUUGUGUUAGCGAGAAGAGCGCAGGCGUGGCAGUCAAUGUUGGCGGCUCGUCUGGUCAGUCCACAUCGACUUCAAGCUCGACUGCGGGAUCUGGCGUGGGCUUCGGCUCCAGCUCGGUCACGGCAUCCGGCACCGCAUCGGCAUCAGCGUCGAGCGCUAGCAGUACUGCUGUGUCGACUUCGGCAUGGAAGCUCCAGCAGUCAUACGAAGGACAAUCGUUCUUUAACGGUUGGUCGUUCUACACUGACGCUGAUCCUACCGAUGGCACGGUGCAAUAUGUAGAUUCGAGCACGGCAAGCUCCAACAACCUCACUUCGAUCACUAGCUCCGGAAGUGCCAUUAUGCGUGUCGACACGACUGAGACGGUUUCCGGAAACCGUCAGAGUGUACGAAUCACAACUGACUACACUUACACCGGCGGACUGGUGAUCUUGGACGCCGUACACGUCCCCACCGGAUGCGGUACUUGGCCAGCAUUCUGGUCCAACGGUCCUAACUGGCCUGCCGGCGGAGAGAUCGACAUUGUGGAAGGCGUGAACACCUUCACCGCCAACCAGGCUUCCAUACACACGAACCCAGGCUGCUCCCUACCGUCCAGCGAUAGCGACGCGCUAACCAUCAGCGGCACCGUAGUUGGCGGGACCAACUGCGCUGCGGCAGAGACAGGCGACGCGGGAUGCGGCGUCGUGUCGACCUCGGACAGCUCAUUCGGGUCUGGGUUCAACGCGAUCAGUGGCGGUGUCUACGCUAUGGAAUGGACGGACGAUGGCAUCAAAGUGUGGUUCUUUGAGCGCAGUGCCAUUCCGUCGGACAUCACGAGCGGUUCGCCCGACCCUACAGGUUGGGCUACCCCGCUGGCGUCGUGGCCGUCCACAGACUGCACCACAUCGGACUUCUUCUACGACCAUUCAGCCAUCUUCGACACCACCCUUUGCGGUGAAUGGGCUGGUAAUGCGUGGGACAACACCGGUAGCGCGGGCCAGUCUGAGAGCUGUGCGAGCAUCACUGGCUACUCCACUUGCGCGGACUUUGUCCAGAACAGUGGUUCAUCGUUCGCGGAUGCCUAUUGGGAGGUUAACAGCGUGAAGAUCUAUCAGUCGAGCUAG